CUCGACCUCCUCGCUUCCACCAACUUUCGCCAUCCUCGAGCUCGGCUCAGCACCAGGAUUGCGACCGUCAUGUCGACCCUCAACGACGGCGCGGCGUCGCUCGCCCACGAGCUCGCAAAAGCUUUUCUCGCGCGCCGCGGCCACAGCCAUGCCAGCAUGACGCCGAGCGAGAUCGCCGAGACCAAGGUCGAUCCGUACGAGGACACGCCCAAGUACGCCAAGGCGGCGGUCAUCGCCAUCUGCGGCGCCAUCGCGCUCCUCGGGCUCGCCAACCUCUUCACCAUCUUCAUGCGCACCAAGCUCGGCUCUCGCCUCGCCCGCACCAGGGCGUACCGCAGGAAAGUCGCCUUUUACCGCUGGAUCGAGACGAGCCAGCCCAAGGCCGCCGGCUGGAUCCGCUUCCCGACAGCGGGCGUCAUCGGCAUCAUCGUCCUCUUCUGGCUCUUCAUCGGCAUCUGGACGUUCGCGCAGCAGCCCUACUACCGCUCGAGGUGGAACGUCGGGUCACCGCCUCUCGCCAUGCGCACCGGCAUGUUCGCCCUCGGGUGCUUCCCGUUCAUCCUCGCGUUCGGCGCCAAGUGGAACCUCGUCGGCUUCGUCGUCGGCUGCUCGCACGAGAAGCUUCAGGUCUUUCACCAGUGGCUGUCGCACCUCUUCCUCAUCCUGUCGCUCCUCCACACCUUCCCGUUCGUCGUCCAGGGCACGCACGAGAUCCGCCCAAACACGGACGGCUUGAACCCGCACGGGUACUCGCAGCUGUACUACUCGUGGUUCGUGUCGCACAAGGUCUACUACUGGUCCGGCAUCGCCGCCUUGGUCCCUCUCGUCGUCCUGUGCUGGGGCUCGUUGGCGCCUCUCCGCAACCGGUCGUACGAGAUCUUCAAGCUCCUGCACAUCGUCUCGGCCAUUCUCUUCUCGGGCUUCUUUUACGUACACUGCAAUGCCCUCCUCACGUCUUGGCGCUACAUCUGGGCGACGGCCGCCAUCUACUUUACGUCGGUCCUCGUGCGCUUCGGCCUCAUCCUCGUCCGCAACGGUCGCCACGUCGCUCGCGGCCGCGUCGAGGCGCUCGCCGACAACGCCGUGCGCAUCACGGUCCGCCUGCCGUACAACUCGGGCCACCGGUGGACGGCAGGGCAGCACUACUUUGUCAACUUCUUCAAGGUCCGCCCGCUCGAGAGCCACCCGUACACGGUCGCCAACGCGCCUCGCAACGAUCCGAGCAGCGUCGCCUCGCCGGACCGCCUCGUCCUCGUCUUCCGCAUCAACCCGCUCUCGGGCCUCGGCCCGCGCCUCCUCUCGCUCGCCUCGUCCUCGUCGCCGACCACGCCGGUACUUCUUGACGGACCGUACGGCGGUCUCGCCGCCGCGAACCGCGACUUUGGCCGUCACGACGCGCUCGUCCUCGUCGGCGGCGGUGCGGGCAUGUCGUUCUGCACGGCGGUCCUCGAGGAGGUGUGCGGCCGGGUCUUGCGCGAGGAAGAGGGCGUCCGGGUCAAGAAGAUCGACGUGUGGUGGGCUGUGAGGGACGAAGAGGCCAAGACGUGGUUCGACAACCAGAUCCACCGCGCGACCGAGUACCUGCCCAAGGGCUUCGUCACCUUCCACCUGUUCGUCACGGGCGCGCAGCCGUCGGACGAGUCGAAGGAGAAGCUCGACCAGGAGGACGAGCCGACGCCGCCCUGCAGCGCCGCCGCCAGCUGCGCCACCUCGCACGUCCCCUGGCGCAAGACCUACGUCCGCCCGUCCUUGCCCGACCUCCUCACGGCGCGCUUCUGCGCCGCGCCCGACGGCUCGACGCUCGGCAUCGCGUCGUGCGGCCCGGCGUCGCUCACGACCGACGUCCGCCGCGCCGUCGCCGCCAGGCAGAAGGUGAUCGCGUUUGCUCGCGCGGGCGCCGAGCGCGGCGUGGCCGAGGUCGAGCUGCACACGGAGGAGUUCGAGUGGUGAGCGGGGGCCACUCUUGUUCUGUAGAUUCGUCGCUUUAGUCUGUACUGCAGUCGUUCGCCCGUC